GCCUCAUAGAGAUCAGUAAAGAUGCUAUGAACGUAUUUGUAGAAGAAUUAAACCUUGGAAUAGAGCAAUUACAGCGGGGUGCAAUUGAAAAGUCUAGUGAUCCAAUUACUGAUUUCUCAAAUUUUGGACCUUGCAUUGAUGCGCGUGCUCCUGGUAAAGAUAUUCCUUCAUUUUUCCUUGGCCUCGUACAAUGUGAAUUAUCUG